AACCCUGUGGGUGCCGCGCUGGGCAGAGCGCUAGCGACCUGUAAGCUGAGCCCUGGCUCUGGAGUCUAGCAGUAAUUGCAGGGCGGGGGGAAUCAUUGCAGUUACGUAACGUUACAUAACGCGUGAAGAUCGACUGCGGUGUGGGGUCAGUGUAAGAGACUAUCCUACAGUAUAGUGGUGGUGUAGCCAUGGCCGUGAACAGUAGUACGGACUCCAGUUCCUGCGGUGAUGGUCCGGGAACCCAGCGGGAAUUGAAAUCAGACUCUGACAUUUGGCGAGUUAGCACGUUUCGGACAGCUCUUCCACAGGUGCUGGCUACAUGUGCUCAGAGCACAUUACUAUUAGAGCUUGGCAUGAUGGUAGGAGUUCCUACCAUCGUCAUUGCUGCUCUACUCAACUCCGAAACAGGACUGUCCAUGAACUCUACGCAGGCCUCUUGGUUUGCUGGUAUCAUCUUCGGCGUUCAGCCUCUAGGGAGCGUUCUGUCCGGCUACCUCAGCGAGGUUCUGGGCAGGAAGCGAUCCAUGAUGCUAGUAGCUGUGCCUCAGCUGAUCGGCUGGUUGCUGAUGUACUUCAGCCAAGACUUGUUGAUGAUCUACAUUUCUGGGUUCAUGAUGGGAUUCAGCAUAGGAUUCAUGGAAGCUCCUUCUCUGUCCUACGUGGGAGAGAUAUGCCAACCACACUUGAGGGCUAAUAUGUGUUCUCUGACGUCUCUGAAUGUGCCACUGGGCUACCUCGUCAUGUAUCUUCUGGGAACUAUAUUGGACUGGAGAACGACAGCACUGUGUAGUGCUGCCAUGCCCAUUUUAACUGUCCUUGCUAUAACACUGGUUCCAGAGUCACCGAUGUGGCUGCUGAGGAAGGACCGGAGGGUGGAGGCGGAGGCAGCCCUCUGCUGGCUGAGGGGGUGGGUACAACCUGCAGAUGUGAGGGCAGAGUUUGCCUCCCUGCAAGAUUACAGUGAGAAGUCCAAGAUGGAGCAGUGUCAAGAUAACCCCCAGACUCGAUCUCCCAAGAAGGGUCAAAUAUAUAUCGAGGUGCCAAAGAAUGGAAAUGGCCCAAGACUAGAAGAGGGCCGAUCACCGAAAGUGGCUCAAACGUUCUCGGAGAAGCUGAAGGAUCUCUCACGGCCCGAGAUGAUGAGACCGCUCCGCCUCGUCGUCUUGUACUUUUUCUUCUACCACUGCGGUGGUCUGACGGGCCUCAGACCUUACAUGGUUAAGGUGUUUGGACAGCUGAAGCUUUCCCUGGAUCCCUACUGGCUGACCGUGGCCUCCGCACUACUGCAGAUAUCUGGUGCAGUGGUCUGCAUGUUUACCAUCCACAGGAUAGGCAAACGCAAAAUUUCCCUUGUGUCCAUGAGUGCCUGCUCGCUGUCCGUGCUGUUGCUGGGGUGCUACGUGCUGCUGCUAAGAUACGGACAAAUCGACCAGCCGUUGGUGCCCAUGGUCCUCUUCGCCACUCUUUUCUUCUUCACCAAUCUCGGCAUCGGCCCUGUUCCAUGGGCCCUCAUCUCAGAGGUCUUCCCGCCAAGGGGUCGAGGUAUGGGUGGAGGAAUAUCCUCGGGGAUUUACUACCUCAUGUUCUUCUUGGUGACCAAAACCUUCCUGGAUAUACAGGGGUUGUUGGGCCUCCAUGGAGUUUUCUUCCUGUACGGCUGCUUGGGGGUGGUGGGCAUCGUCUUCGUCUACAACUGUGUCCCUGAGACAGAAGGGAAGCGUCUAGAAGACAUCGAGAAGUUCUUCAAAGACAAGAAAACUGACCGAGUAGUUCCUAUUAAUUAAUUUGGAUCUAGCGUUAGUUAUUGAGGUUUGUUUCCUAUAACCAUAUUUUUUUCCCAAGAUAAGGGAUUGUGGGAAUGUCACUAAUAUUAGUGACAUGGGUCGCAUUUAUACACAGCAUUGUUAAAAACACAACCACAAUCUUACUUCCAGAAAUUGGCAAUAAAUGUAUGGAACUCACGUUAGAAAAUUUCUUAACUGUAAACUAUUUUCAGCUGAACGUUGGUUUUCUUUCAUAAAUAUUCGGAUCUCGUUUAUCCGACAUUCAGUAUUAGCUGGCGUUUGACGUAAAAUAUUAGCGAUACAAAUACCUGGCAUUAGUUUUGCUUGUAUUGCAAUUCCUACAGCUUAUAAUUGCAUGUCCAAAAUUGUAUUCAAUGCUAACUUGUACAGAUUUGUAUCAGUUUUACUAUCGCAACUUGAUUUACUAUCCUAAAAUAUGUCAUAUACAAGAAAACACAAAUUAUUAAACUUUGAAUAAACAUGCUGUUUAAAAUAAAUCAUUAAGAAAAAUUAUACAAUUUUAACUUCAUUAAUUUAACCUAUUAACAGACGUGUUUGGCUAUCCGAUAUCGUGGCCAUCCAUUUAUCUGAUAAACAUCGAAUAAGCAGGAUACGCAUAUAAUUAUACAAAACAAAACAAAUUAAAUGUCCUGAAUGAAAUGAUUAACAUAUUGUUCUUUAUCGUUCAUCGGUAAUUUCGGGUGUAACCUUUUCCUAAAUCGUAUAAAAAUUUAGCAAAGAUAUAAGUACAACCAAAUAAUAACACAUGUUCAAUCUUAUCUUUAAAUCAAAUAAUUGUCUAGUCCCUAAUAGACCAGAUGUGUUCGAAAUGAUUAAUCUACACAAAUAACCUACAAUUUUUCUCUAGAUUAGUUUUAUAUCAGUAACUUUUACGUACUAUCGCACUUUUAGACUCGGGUUUACAUAUACGGUUGGUUCCAGCACCCAACCGUAGUAUUAAUAAUAUACUGUAGUAUAGUACUAGUACAAUCCGGUGGCUUCAUGCUCAGAUCAAAUUCUUUCUACCUAUGUAUUUCUGAUUGCUAACUAAAUAUGUACAUUUGUAGUUUUUAAACAGACUAAAAGGAACUUAGAAUUCAAUAGUUCAUUUUUUAUAUCGGCUACUUUAUAUACUACAUUAGUGGUUACUAUCUCAGAGGUUAUUCCGCGACUAUUAAGUAUCUAAUACUUUUAUUAUUUUUAACUAGUUGUUUAUAGAUACAUUAAGCUUCCAAUUUUUAAUGGUGCUUAUAUGUUAGGUUAAUACUGUUUAAAUUGUUGAUAAGUUUAUAAGUUGUAAAAACUUGAGAUAAAGCCAAAAUGUACCAAACAACACUAUAAACCUCUAGUUUUACUCGUAACUACUUUGUGGUUAAAUAUCACUAUUUUUAUUUUUAUUAUAUUGACAGAAUAUUAGGUAGAUUUAAUCAUUCUAGUCGUAUUACGCAAGAUGCAUUAAUCACAUAUCUGUUCUCAGAACCUUUUAGGUGAAAAAAAUCGAAAUAGGUAACAAAUGUCAAUAGUAUCCACUAGCAAGCUGUUUCAUUGUACUGGGCUGGAGUUCAAGAUGCAUUCAAGCCGAAUUUAGUUUUGGCACUAUUGGGUUACAGUAUGCAAUAGUCUCUCUCUUAAUCGAGCAUGACGGAACGGAUCAAAAUUCGAAUAAUCUAAAAGUCGAUUCACCGACAAUAAAUUAUAACAACCACAUUAAAAAAAGGUAAAAUAUAUUGAAUCACGGAUUGUAUAAGAAUACAACAUAAAUUAUAAUAUUUAUAUUUAUAAAAUUAGUACAUAUAGUAUAAUAAUAAUCAUUUAGACACACUAAUUCACUAUCCAUAGCUCUGAAAAUUCUAAGAGCAGUACAAAACAUUAACACGUUUAAAAACAAACGGACGUGUUUUGACGUGUUUUUUAUUCUGACAGUCUGUCGAUGCCGCGAAGCACGUCAGUUCUAAUCACGUCUUCCUGAAAAAUAAUAUUUAGUCCGAGGCCGGAUAAGAGAGAGCCUACUGUAAUAUAAAAACGUACUAUCUAUAUAUGCUUAAGUAGGCGUAAGUUUCUUAUAUAUAAUUAUUUUAUCAGUAUUAGUAUUUAAGUUAUUUGAUAUGUUUGUCCUAUUGUAUAUAAACGUAGUUUUACUGUUAUUGUUACAUUGUGAAAUGUAUUUAUCAUUGUUAUCUUUGUACAAUCUCAAUGUAGAACGCAGAUUCCCUAACUUAAAAUAGAGCUAUAAGAUUUUACCAAGAGUGGCCUACGUGCACAGUGCACGCGGUCUGUUUCUUAAGUUUGGUUUGCCAGGUAAAAUGAGACAAGAUUAGCGAUCUAUUGCGAGUUGGUUCAGCACAAUUAGAAUGCAAGUUGCAUCCAAUUAAGCAAUAUAUCAGAUAUAUAUGCAAAAAGCCAUGAUAAAUAAAUAAAUUUCUUUAUUUAUAAAUGUUUUUUUUUAAAUAAAAAUAUUGUUUUACAAUUUUUACAAUCAAACUAAAGAUCUUAGUACAUUUUCAUAGUCACAAAGAAGAUAAAGUUUCACUAAAAAUAUAAAUUAUUAGUGUGUUUUAGUAACAGUACAUAAAAUAAUUAAAGGAACUCAGCCAGAGAAUUUUAUGGUAUAUUUUUUAAGUUUCCUUCCGUCAGUAGUUGAUUGUGAACCCUUAAUGGCACGAUAAAAUCGAAUAGACAAUCUCAAACAAAACUAUUCAAAAUAUCAUUUUUUAAAUGAAGCUUGUUUAACUUGUUAUUAACUAAAUUUAAUCAAUAAAACGAUUAAUAAAUAAAUUUAUAAUAGGCUGGUAAAAUAAAACGCCAAGCAUGGCCCAGUUAAACUUAAUAUCCGGCAAUAUUGGCUGAUAUUUUAAUGUUUGAUUCCUAACAAUCAACGUUAAAUUGUAAAGUAUAUCACCGCAUACAUUUAUAUGAUUCAUUUAUCACCUUACAAAAUGUGUAAGUCUCAAUAUGUUCUCAAUUAAAGAUAUUGUUGUAUUAGUAUGAAAUUGUUUUCCAAUGUUUCAAAUUUUUCGACGGAUACCAAAUAAUUACACCGAAGAGUUGAAGCGCAUUUGAUAAAAAAUUAUUUCACAACUCCAUGCCCGACAUACUAGUAGAAGCUGAAAGCCAAUGUGCAUCGUUUAAGUACAAAACCUGGUUUUUCUUUAAAUCGAUGGAAGAAUUUUCUCUUCAACUCCAAAACUGACCUUUAAGGGACUUCCAGUCUCUUUAUCAGUUAUCUUGCAUCAAUUCUUGGGCUAGAGUACACUGUGGACGAUAACGUAAGCUGUUUUUAUAAUUAAGUAUUCAAAUAUAAUAUUGCUUUAGGAGUGCUUACAGCCUUAUUGAUAAUAUAGAUUGUCUUAAUUGUUGAAUUCAUUAUUUUCUCCAUAUAUUAUAUAACACGUAUAACAGUUUUUAUAGCCUCUAAUUGAAUUAUAGUUUAGAUAUAAAUAGUACUAAGCUAAAAUUCAUUAUUACAAUUUUCUAAUAAUUUAUUAUUGUUAUGUAAUUUGAUUUUUAUGUUAAUUUUUAUACAUGGAAAUAUAUGUAUGUUCUGAGUAGAAUUCCUUUAAUAAUUUAAUGUUUAUUUAAGAUUAGCUAUUGUUUUACUCAUCUAAGUUGUCGUGCCAAACGUUCGGCCAGAUAUAUUCUGGAUAUGGGUUAUCAAACUUACUGAAUCUUUGUAUUACCCAACACUAAAACCAUACAAACUUUUCUAUAAGUUUGUAAAAAUAUUAAUUAUGCUCUCAGACAUCUGUUAUCAGACAUUGCAGAGUUUUAUUCUGUUUCAUAAUAGCCACCAUCUCGAGGGUUGUUUUUCGUCGCCAUCUUUUAGCCAUAAGCUAGUAGAUAAGAUAAGAUAGAAACAUUACCGAUCCGAUUCUUAUGAAAUAAGGUAUAUUAUAUUUCCGCAGACUACAAAAACAAUUAAAAUUUACAAGACUGAAAGAUUUAGUGUGGACUAAAAAAAUAUACCAAGUUUUAAAUUACUUGACAAAAUAAUCUUUUUUUAUGAUAGUCUGUUUGUAUCUUUCUCCCUAAGUGUAUGAAAUAUUACCCACUGCAAUGAAAGAACUUCUUAUUUUUUGCUCAGCAGUCAAGGACAAGAAAGUAGGACCAUUUCAUGCAAAGAAUGGUUUCUCGGGAAUCAAACUAUUUUAAUUAAUAUAAUUAACCAUUGAUUCAGACUAUAAAGUAAGCCUUACGUUUAGAACUUAAGAAUUAAUUUUUUGUCAUAUUGUUUGUAAUAUAUGUUAUGUUAUAAAUACAAAAUGUCAUCCAUGAGUA